GCGCUGCUAUACCGUCGGUCUCUGCUGCUGCUGCUAUAAUAAUUGUGUGUGUUCGGGUCAUUUAAAAGCUCCGAACUUGAUGUGAGAGCUGCAGUAGCAACUCGCUGCACCUUCUGUUCACAAGCAUUUAGAUCUACACCAAGUUCAUUCAGACACGUAGAGCAUAACUGACAUAGAUCUAGAUCUAGAUCUACAUCUGUAACACCAACUCAACAAUCAAACGAGACUGAACCCCCCCACCAUCAAAAUGGCCGACCAACAACAAACCUACUCCGGAGACUGUGGCAGUGUGUCCGGGAUGAGCGAAGACAGCGGAGUCACCGACAUGACGAUGGAGACAGAGAGCGUAACAUCUGUCGAGUCGACCUCCACUCUUGUCGGUGGUAUAAGCAACGUCAAUCUCCAGGCAAACGGGAGCGAGGGGUCCGCUGGUCACCCAGCAAGCAUCGACAGUGGAGUCUCGGGUUCCGGUACUUCUCAUCACCAGCAAUCUGUGACAAACGUCGCGACGCCUCGGCAGACCGCAAGCAUCGACAGUGGAGUCUCGGGUUCCGGUACUUCUCAUCACCAACAAUCUGUGACAAACUUCGCGACGCCUCGGCAGACCGCGGCGAAUGUGAACCCCCAGAAUGUGGGCGUGAUGAGUGAGGACAGUGGAUUCGUCAGCGCCCCUGGCAGCACCAGUAGAGGAGACUUGGCCCAGCCUUCGAGCGUCCCGCCGGGGAAUCUCCCUCAGAAUGCCAUAAACAACACUGACCGGGUCAAUGAAUGGGUGGAUACAACGUAUGAAGUCUUCCUCAAAGACUUGAACGGGAAAACGCACACAAUUACCGUGGCAAGGGAUGAGACUGUGGAGACUUUCCAGACCAGGGUGGAAGAAACGCUCAGCAUUCCAGUUGAACAACAGCGGCUGGUCACUCAGCCUGGUCGGACUCUGACCGGCCGAGGGACUCUGGAGGACUUUGGAGUGAAGAAACACAGCACCAUAUAUUGCAACGGUCGCCUGAGGGGAGGAAGCGUGUGCUGAAGCCUAUGAAGUGGAGUGACAACAUCACAUAUAAGAUAAGCUGAACCGUGGUGAAAUCGUCAAAAUAAAGAAAUAAAAGAAAGCGGUAUUUUUAUGGCCGUUGGGCAA